AUGGCAGAGAAGGACAACUCAUCAUCAGAAACACCGUCUCUGAUUCUGUCACUACCAGAAGAAGUCAUCAUUGACAUCUUAGCGCGUGUGUCCAGAUGGGUGUAUCCAACACUCUCCCUCGUUUCCAAGCAGUUCCGGUCACUGGUCGUGUCACCUGACCUAUACGCAAGACGAUCUUUGUUGGGAUGCACCGAAGACUGUCUCUACAAUCUUUUCUAUGAAAGAGAAACCGGUCUCCGCCAUUGGUGUAUUCUCCUCCCGGAAGCCAACGGUAAUCGCAGGUUGGUCCGUAUCCCUUUACUUCCCGCUCUGACUCACGGUGAGAGCUUUGUCGCGGUAGGCUCCAAGAUAUAUAUGUUUGGUGGGACUACCAUGAGUGCAUUUAGCAUAGACUGUAGAUCUCACACGGUGGAACCCCUUCCCAGCAUGCCUGUGCCCAUGCUUAAUACAAUGGCUGGCAUCAUCGACGAGAAAAUUUAUGUAAUGGGCCGCUUCUAUGACUAUAAGAAUGGCAUAAUGGUGUUCAACACAAAAACACAAAUGUGGGAGCCCGAGGUCUUAAACGGUGAGGAGCAACGUCAAGACCCGGGCUUGGAUUAUCUUGUGUUUGACUGGGUGGUGAUGUAUGACAAGAUGUACGUGAGGGAUCAUAUUGAAUGUUCUGUUUACGAUCCAAAGGAAAAUAGAUGGAGACCAGAGGGGAUUCUGAGUUCUAAAGAUUGGAAGAACGCUUGUGUUAUUGAUGACAUAUUGUACCACGGCUUUAGUGUUUAUGGUAAUUAUAAUUUAUGUACUUAUGAUCCAAAGCUUAGGUGUUGGGGUCUGGUUAAAGGUUUGGGAAAGUUGUUAUCUGGGAUGUGCUGGAUACACGCUGCGAAUUACGGUGGGAAGCUGGUUUUGUUUUUUGCUAAAGCAAUUUUUGAUGGAAGAAGAAAUGUAACAUCCAGUAAGGAGAUUUGUUGUGUGGAGAUUUCGCUGGAAAGACGUCAAGGAGGAGAGAUUUGGGGUAAAGUUGAGUGGUCUGGUCAGAGACCAGAGUUCAACAACAAAUUUCACACAGGUUUUAGUAAUCUCAUCCAUUGGCUUGCUCUUAGCCCUAGCAGGACGCUACGUCACUCCAAGAGCAUCCCUAAUCUCAGAUUUUCUCACAAAUACAAAGGCCAUGAGAAGCUCAAGAAAUGUUCUCAGUUCUCACUACAUUGUGCGGCAGAUGGGAUUCAAGGACAGGAGAGAAUGUCCUAA